AUUCGAACUUAUUUUUAUACUGCAGUUUGACAAGGGUUUCCUUAAGGAAAACUUGCUGAAACAAGGGAAAUUUUUCUGAUUUUGUCUAAAAAACUCUCAGGCCUAUUUUGCUAGAGACAAAAUAUGUUUAGAUAGGUGUUUUGUGUAUAAUUUUAUUCAAUUUUUUUGUGAAGAAAUCUCUGAUAAUGGAUUUUAUAGCAAGUGUUAUUAGAAAAUAUAUGCAGAAUGACUCAAAAAGAAUUAAUAUAAUAAGUGAAGAUCAGGAAAAUCAGGAGGCAAUAAGUCAAAAACCUAGAAGAUCCGUCUUGAAGGAAUUUGAUCCCAUUGCACCAGAUAGCCCUGCGCCAACUAAAAAGGUCAGUGUUAUUGAAGAGGAAGAAAAUUUGAAGAUGCAGAGACAUCUUUAACUUACUUUUUGAUCCCUAAAAACAAAAAUAUUGCAUACCCUGUAGAAAAUGACGUUUUUCAGUCCAACCAGGGUCUCCUUAUACCAGAACUGCAGGAAUUUGCAUCACCUAACCCUAAUGAUAUGUCUGAUCUGUGUUACGUUGAAGCUGUAGAAAAUCUGUCUCAUGUGGACAAUAUUUCACAGGAUUCAGAUUCUGAUGAAGUCGUUUUUAAACACAAGAAUGAAAAUAAUCCAGAAAAAAUGAGCAAUUCAACAGAAGAUACAAAUGUUAAUUCAACUUUUAAUCAGACAGAAAAUAGUGAGACUGGUUUAGCUUUAAAUGGAACUUUUGAUAAUAAAAAUAAGCUUGAUACCACUUUUGAGUGUGCAGAAUCUAAAACUGACCCAAAAGAUCUGAAUCAAACUUCUGAAAACCAAAAAGAUUUAAAUAAAAUAGGUGAAACUUUAGGCGCUUCAGAGAUUCAUGAAGAAGGUCACCUUCCGAAUUCUGUUUCUAAAACAACUUUUGAAGAUCAAGCAGUAAAAAGUGAAGAUUCCAGUAAGAUUUGUGAUGUCAAAGAGGAUCCAGGUCCAGAACAAUUAGAAAAACAAGAUAAAAACAAAUCAUUUGAUGUAAACUGCGAAGAAAACACAAAUAAACAAGAAACAAAUUCUUCUAUUUCACUUACCAACAAAACUCUGGAUAAUUUUGAAGAAAAUAAAGAUCUAGAAAAUGUUGCUGGAAGCAAAAAUGUUACACCAAACACAGCAGAAAAUAAAGACUUAAAUAUAACUGAAACUGAAGAAAUGCAUGUUUUGAACGUUCAAUCUAGUUUAACUUCUGAAGAUCAAAGAGUUAAUAAUAAUAUAGGGAUUGAUGUCAAAGAAGAUCUAUCAGAAGAAAUACCAAAAGAAGAUCAAAAUAAGUCCUUUGAUGUGGCUGAAUCUCAAGCUAGAGAGUCUAGUGAACAAAAUAUGAAUUCAUCUGGUUUAAAUAUUACCAAGGAUAUAGAAGAAAACGAAGAUCUUGAAGCAGUAAAAGAUUUAUUAAAUAAAUUAUCUUUAGCUGAUACACCAAAUUGCGAAGAGAAAUUGAAAACUAAAGUAGUUGAAGUUGUAACGGAAGAUGCAGAGACAAAAAAUAAUGUAGAGAGUAAAGAUUUGAAUAAAACUUUUGAUGACACCAAAGGUAAUAUAGAAGAACUAGGUAAAGAUAUAACAAAUACCAAGGAUAUAGAAGAAAACGAAGAAGAUCUUGAAGCAGUAAAAGAUUUAGAUAAAUUAUCUUUAUCUGAUACACCAAAUUGCGAAGAGAAUUUGAAAACUAAAGUAGGUGAAGUGGUAACUGAAGAUACAGAGACAAAAAAUAAUGUAGAGAGUAAAGAUUUGAAUAAAACUUUUGAUGACACCAAAGGUAAUCAAGAUGAACAAGGUAAAGAUGUUACAAAUAAGUUUUUUAGUGCUGCAGAAACUUUGGUUAUAAGUGAAAAAGACUUUGCAUCAAAAGAUUCAGAAAAUAAAGAUUUAAACCAAACGUUUGAAACUUUAACUCAACCAGAAAAUUCUGAAGAAAAAUUAGAAAAUAAAGUUGUUGAAGUAUCAUCUACUGAAGAUAAUGACACGAAAAAUAAUGAUGAAAAUGAAAAUUCCAAUGAAACAUUUGGCGCAAAAGAAGAACUAGUAAAAGAAGAUGAAAAUAAAUCUGCUGGCUCUGAAAUAAAUUCUAGCAAUCAAGAAAGAGUAUCUUCACCUGUUUAUAAAACUUUGAUUGGAAGUGGUAAAGAUACAUCAAAUUCUGAAGAAAAUUUGGAAGCCAAAGUAUUUGAAGCUGUGUCUUCUGAAGAUAAAGAAACAAAUACUAAUGUUGGAAACAAAAAUUUGGAUAAAACUAUUGAUAUCAAAGAAGAUAGUCCUGAAGAAUUAAGAAUUCGAGAUAAAAAUAAAGUUUUUGAUGCAGCAACAUCUGAAAUGGACUCUAUAAAACAAGAAAAAAUAUCUUCAGAUUCAUCUCUUAAUAAAACUAGAGUUGAAAAUGAGACAGAUGCUUCAAAUGUUCCUGAAAUUCAAGAUAUGAAUAAAACAUUUGAAUCUUCAGUUACAUCAAAUUGUAGAGAAGAAAUAGAAUUUAAAGGAAAUAAUGUUGAAUCUUGUACAAAUAUUGAAGAUCAAAAAAUAAAAAAUAAUAUUAAAAAGAGUGUUUUGGAUGAAACUUUUGGUGCAAAGGAAGACAGUUCAGAAAAAUUAGUUAAACAAGAUAUAAAUAAACCUUCAUUAGUUGAUGAUACAGAAAGUAAAGAUUUAAAUAAAACUUUGGAGACUUCCAAAGAGUUGAAUCAAAAUAAUACUGUUAAAAAUCCAACACCAGCUAAUGAGAAUCUACAAAGUUCAGUUCCUGAAAACCUUGAUAGUACUUUUGAGCAUAACAGUACAAAAAAUCUAGACAUGUCUGAAGAACAAGAGCUUAAAUGUGACAAAGAGUUGGAAGUUAUGGCUAAUAGUUUAAACCAGACUAUUGAUAUUGAAGAGUCUGCCAUUGUUCAAGAAGUGAACUCAUCGACAUCUCCAGAUCACUCAGAUGUCUCAGAUUCUUUAAACAAAACAAUGGAAGGAAAUAAAGAAACACAACAAAACAAUAAAGUUAAAGAAACGGUAGAGAAUGAUACACAAAGUACUUCUGAAAUUAAAUUGGCACAGUCUAACGAAAAAAUUGAUGAAAUAAAUGUUGAUAAAUCCAAAAACAACAAAAUAUCAUGUCGUCCGAAUAUAAGACCGCUUAGAACACAAACCCAAAUUAUCAGUAAAGAAGUUCUUAAAGAAAUUAACAAAAAUAAUAAAGAACCUAAUAAAUCAGAUGAAAACCCAAAAGAAGAUUAUCAAAACGAGACAGAUGCUUUAAAGAAAUAUGUCAGCCAAUUAGAAAAAGAAGUAGCUACGCUUCAGGAAAAUAACUUGAAAAAAGAGGUUCAGAAAAUAGAGUACUCAGAUCACAAAACGACUGAGCAAAUACGGAGAUAUAUGUCAACUUUACAAUAUUAUGAACAAGUGAUACAAGCGCAGAACAAGGAUUUAGAAAAAGUUAGGGCUGAGUAUGAACAAUGCAGCAGGUUAUUCAGUAAUACAGAGAUGGCAUUUUCGGAUCUCUAUGAAAAAUACCAAAAAGCCAGGUUUGUCGUGGAAAAUUACAAAAAGAACGAAGAAUCGUUGUUAACUAGUUUGCAAACUUCCGAGGCUCAACUGUCAAAAAUUCAAGAAAAAUGCACAGUGUUGCAAUCCCGUUACGAGGAUAUAGUGAAAAUGAGUGACGAAAAAAUUGCGGAAGAACAACAAAAACAUAAUGCUGAACUUGUUAAAUUACAGGCCAUAGCAAAAAGGCUUGAAAUAAAAACUUCUUCCUUAGAAACGGCUUUAAAACAGAAAACUGAAGAGUGUCAAGCCUUGUCAGCAUUAUGUGAUGACAUCACUGGGACUUCUUAAAGGAUUUUGUCAGAGAUGAAGAUCAGUAUUGUCAAUUUUUUUUGUUAUUUUUUUAGUUACAUGUGUAAAUGUGUUGUGUUAUUAAUUAUAUUAUAUUAUCUUAUAUUUUUAAUUGUAUAUAGCGAUAUUUAUAUUUUUUACGAUAUAAGAAUAGUAAAGAAAAAAAAAAUAUUUUUACUAUAAAAUAGAUA